GAAGGUGAGGCAAGAGAUGCAAAAUUUAAGGAGGCACUCACUUUUGGGAUUGUGCAAGUGUGAGAAUGGCCCUGAAUUCCUCCUUAUAUUUUGCCCUUAGGAGCCUAACUGACUAGUCUUUGUCCUGGCCCUGAUGAGAGGGAAUGGUGGGAAAACUAAUCGCCAAUAAAUGAACUUUAAAGCGCUUUAUCAACCUAUUUUACUAGGCAAUUUGUUAAACUACAGGCUUAAAGAAGAUAUUAUCGUAAUUGUAAUGAUAGAGCCAAGGAAGGGAACAGUUUGAAAUUGGUAGACAGGUGAUAAAUUUUACCAAUAUUAUCUCAUUUAAUUCUCGCAAAGAAGCAAACCUUAGAAACUUUAAAUAAUUCACAUCAAACAGAUAACAGAGGCACAUGUGGGAGAUGCCGCGGCCUCCUUCCCGAUGAUCUCAGGCAGGUCUUCCAGGUAACUGGCUGCAGCGUCUACGUCGGCACCUGCUGCUCCACCUGGUGUUUUCAUGUUGUGGAGCUGGCUUCUCUCCUUAAACCUCACGAACCAGCCUCUGCUGGAUUCGAACUUAUCUUCUGCAGCUUCCUCACUCUCUCAGCCUUCAUAGAAUUUAAGUUAGAGACUUCCUCUGGAUUAGGCUUUGGCUUAAGGGAAUGUUGUGGCUGGUUUGAUCUUCCAUCCAGACCUCUAAAACGUCCUCCACGUCGGCAAUAAGGAUGUUUCAUUUUCUUAUCAUUUGUGUGUUCACUGGAGUAGCGGUUUUAAUUUCCUUCCAGAACUUUUCCUUAGCAUUCAGAACUUGGCCAACUGGUGCUAGAGGCUUAGCUUUAGGUCUACCUCAGCUUUCGACAUACCUUCCUCACUAAGCUUAAUCAUUUCCAACUUUUGAUUUAAAGUGAGAGACAUGAGAGUCUUCCUUUCACUUGAACACUUAGAGGCCAUUGUAGGGAUAUUAAUUGGCCUAAUUUCAAUAUUGUCGUGUUUCAUGGAAUAGUGAGGCACCAGGAGAGGGACAGAGAAGGGAGAAUGCCCGGUCGCUGAAACAGAACACAGGAUUAAGUUCACCGUCUUGCAUGAGUGCAGUCGGUGGCCUCCCAAAACAAUUGUAAGAGUAACAUCAAAGAUCACUGAUUACAGGUCACCAUAACAAAUAAAAUAAUAAUGAAAAACCUUGCAACAUUGCAAGAAUUACCCAAAUGUGACACAGAGAAACAAAGUGAACACAUGUUGUUGGAAAAAUGGUGCAGAUAGAGUUGUUCCAUACAGGAUUGUUAGAACCUUUCAAUUAAAAAAAAAAAAAUGCAAUAUAUGCAAACUGCAAUAAAGCGAAGUGUAAUCAAACUAGGUACGCGUGUAAAUCAUGGAGACUGGAGUCAAACCCAAGUCCACUGAAAAAGAAAAACAGAUACUGACUUGCACUCACAAAACCUAUGUGCAAUUGAUCAAAUUAUUCACACUGAGUGAAUCUCAAUAUCUUUACACCACAGAAAAUUGAGUUUAGAAACAGUUAUCAGAAGUGCUGUGUUUUGGGGAACAACAAAAACAAAGGCAGGUGCACACAGCACAAUGGGAAUAACAUAACAGCUAAUAUCUUUCCUCCUCCUGUCUGACACACAUACCUGCUGGUAACAAAUACCCUUCAUGCUAUCCGAGUUUUCCCAGGGUGACUACAUUUAUCAUUCAUGUCUGAAUCAAUGUUCCCAGGCUAAUUUCCCCGAAUAAAAUCCUCUGUCUUACCCACUUAAUAUCCUACGAAAAGAUAUUCGUCUUAUUCCCCUAUGCAAAAUGAAAUAGUCUCACAAUUUUCUUUCUAAACUAUCUAAUAUGAAUUGUGUAAUAGGAACUUAUAUGCUUAAAAUCAUCAAGUGAUGGGAGAAUGAAGCGAUGAAAGGCAGUUGAAAAUGUGUGUUAAAAGACAGUUUAUGGUAUAGUGGUUGAAAAGCUUGACUGAGAAAAUGCAGACAGGUACAAUUGGAUAGUCAAGGUGUAUAAUUAAUUUAAAGUGAGAUUAGAUGGCAAAGUUGAGGGUCUAUCUCUAGCCGUCAUCAAUUGCUCCAGUGUUUGUGCUGAGUCAGGUGUAGCUUGAUUUAUCCUGGGCUGUUCUCCGAAAGUAUAGUGAAAGAUCUUAAAAUAAAUGUGAGGGGACUGUUUACUGUGAUUUAAUAGGGAGAUGUGGGGUAUACAUAAAUUGUAUCAUUCUUAAAGUACCAACAGUUGCAGUGAUCAUAAAAUCCAACCUGGAUACCUCAAUACAAUUUAGAGAAGAGACAAAGAGAUACAGGAAGGUGAAGGAAACGCUCAUGUAAAUUUACCUUUUCCAUAGAUGAAUCAUCAAGAAAAACCUCCAGAAGAUAAUCUAACUGAGCUGAUGGAAUUUGUUCUCUUGGGCUUUGCUGACAUGCCCCAUCUCCAGUGGUUUCUUUUUGGAUUAUUUUUAAUCAUCUAUAUCAGUAUCCUGAUGAGCAAUGGCACCAUAUUUCUAAUAACAAAAAAUGACCCCACUCUUCAGAGCCCUAUGUAUUUUUUCUUGGCCAAUUUUUCCUUCUUGGAAAUAUGCUAUGCAUCAACCACUCUCCCCAGAAUGCUGAUGAAUCUUGGGACCCAGAGAAGAAGAAUUUCUUUAGUUGCCUGUGCUACACAGAUGUGCUUUGUCCUUAUGUUCGGAGUCGCAGAGUGUUUGCUCCUGGCAGUGAUGGCCUAUGACCGCUAUGUGGCCAUUUGUAACCCUCUGAACUAUCCUCUAGUCAUGAACCACAGAGUCUGCAUCCAGUUGGUGACUGGCUCCUGGACCACUGGAAUCCCAUUUCUUAUAGAGUACACGUAUCAGAUUUUCUCUCUGUCUUUCUGUGGAUCUAACCAAAUCAACCACUUCUUCUGUGACGUUUUCCCAAUACUUAAGCUGGCUUGUGGGGACACAUUUGUGAAUGAGAUGUUGGCCUAUACGGUUGCUGUGCUAUUUGGCAUGGUUCCAUUUCUGUUGAUACUUGGCUCCUACAGUAAAAUCAUCUCCAUCAUCCUGAAGUUCCCAUCAGCCACAAGUCAAGCCAAAGCCUUCUCUACCUGCUCAUCUCAUCUUAUGGUUGUGGUGUUAUUCUUUGGAUCAGCCAUUAUUACAUACUUAAGGCCCAACACCAGACACUCAGAGGGAACUGGCAAAGUUCUAUCUCUUUUCUACACUAUCUUAACUCCUAUGUUUAAUCCCAUGAUAUAUAGCCUAAGGAACAAGGAUGUCAUAAUUGCACUCAGAAAAUUGCUAUGUAAAUAAUUCACUUAAUUAAAUAAUGAGCUAAAUGUAUAAGAAUUGUUUUCUUACAUAUUUUAAACAAAUUUCAACAGCUAUAUACAUUUAUUUAUACCUUGUGUUAUGGAUUGAAUUGUGCCCACAAAAAUGUGUUUAACUUGA